AGUUUUCAAUGGCUGAAGAGAAUUUGGAUUAGAUUAUAGAUAUGCCGGAAUAAUCAGAUAUGAUUAAUGAUGCAAGAACCCAAGUUUUUAAAUUUUCUAUUAUUUUAAAUAGGCGAGAUAUGCAGUGGAACAUUUCAAGGUAGAAUCGUAGAUUUCGAAUUACAUAAAGAAAUUCUUUGAUGAAAAAUAUGGUCCUAAUUGGCAUUGUGUUGUUGGUACACAUUUUGUAAAUAAAUUUACAAGGAAAACACUUUAAUUCUUAUUCAUCUUACGAAAGCAAAAGAUAUAUGUUUUUUUAUGAAGGAUAAAUGGCAAUUUUACUUUAUAAAAUGGGUUGAAG